AUGAGUACCUACGGAUUUGAUAGCAUCGAUAUAGAUUGGGAAUAUCCGGCUGCAGAUGAUCGAGGUAGAAUUCAGGCGGAUACGGCGGAUCUGGUCAAGCUUGUAAAGGAGCUUUACGAGGCCUGCGACAGUCAAUAUAGAGUCACAAUCACACUACCUACCUCCUACUGGUACCUGAAAGGCUUCGAUCUCCCAGGUAUGAGUCCCUAUGUGGACUUAUUCAAUAUAAUGGCAUAUAACAUAUAUGGCACAUGGGAUAGCAUUAACCAAUGGACUGACCCUGUUAUUAACCCUUAUACGAACCUGACAGAGAUCUCAAAUGGCUUGGAUCUCAUCCGGAGAAAUAAUAUUGACCCCGCGAAGGUCUUCCUAGGACUAGGAUUUUAUGGUCGAUCAUUCACACUUAAGGACCCUUCUUGUACCGAUCUAGGAUGUCCGUUCGCAAAUACUACAAGACUCGGAAGUAGUAGCGGAAGAGCGAACCCGGGAAAAUACACAAGCACUAGUGGAAUACUGUCGAACUAUGAGAUCGCCCGGGUUAUAGACUACAACUCCCCGGAGAUACAGUACGAUGUUGAGGCUGAGUUAAAGGUAAGAUACGACAGCGAAACCCUUAUUCAGAAACGGGACUUUGCAAAUUCUCUGUGCCUCGGUAACCCGUUUGCCUGGGCACUGGAUCUUAGAGGCCCAGGAACCAUAUCUGAUCUGUCUAACAUGGACCCGAAUGCGGGUAUGGAAGGAGCUACUCCAGAUGGCUCGGAUAGUGACUCCGAAAAUGUUUUUAUCGGGCAGGAUAUAUACUCGCAGGAGUAUUCUACUAUCCGCUACAUUCUUCCGUGUAACUUUAUAUUUCCGCCUAUGACCCUAUCCUCCGCUACUACAAUCUCUUUUGAGCCGUGUACUACCGACCUCGGUGGCUCGGUCUAUAACGCUACCGCCCUACCCUUAGAACACGAACAGUGGGAAUAG